AUGGCGUACAAGAGAAUUUACAACAGCCCGAAAUUGGCUGAUCUUGGUUCAGGGAAUUCCCACAUUUGUGGAAUUGUGGAGAAUUUCGGGGGCCUUCAGUGCCUGCAAUGGCUGGAGUUUCGCCAUUCCAACCAGAUUUCCCUCACCACGAAUCUCGCAUCGGGUCAAGAUUUUAUUUGCGGGUUGCGCGAUUCAGGCAAAGUUCAGUGCCUGGGGAGAGAUUCAAAUGUCACUGAUCAUGACCCCAACGGGACUUACGAUGAUUUGGCCGCAGGAGGGCAGGCAUUUCUUGGCAUUGGUGGAAAGAGAAACAAUGUUUUGCGGAGUGCUAUAGGAGAAUGCAAUGUUGUACUGCACCAUUACAGGAGGCUUAAGAAUCCAUUUUCCCUGCUGGUUAGACGAGGAAGAAGCAGAGGCGGUCUUGGAAGAAAGGCCCAGCCAAUUGAUAAGUAUGGUAAAUGCUGGGAUUUUAGAAGAGUUUCAUUACAAGUGUUGCAACAAGUAACAAAUAAUUUUUCUGAGGAGCAUAGAAUUAGUGAAGGUAGUUUUAGGUCAGUGUACCAUGCGACAUUGGAAGAUGGGCGGAGAGUGGCCAUCAAGAGGGCUGAGUUUGGCAGCGGCAUAAGAUACCGGCAGGAGGACAACGACAAUGCCUUCCUCAAUGAGCUUGAGUUUUUGUCAAGGCUCCAUCACAAAAACCUAGUGAACCUAUUGGGCUAUUGUGAGGAUAACAAUGAGAGGCUUGAAAGCUCACAGCUCAUGUCGUGGACCGCACGGAUUCGCGUCGCCAUAGAUUCAGCCGGAGGGAUUGAGUACCUCCACGAGCAUGCUGUGCCACAAGUCAUCUACCGUGACAUCAAGUCAUCCAACAUAUUGCUGGACAACAGUUGGACUGCAAAGGUGUCCGACUUUGGGUUGUCCUUAAUGGGACCUCAAGAUGAUAAGUCUCACCUUUCAUUACAAGCAGCGGGUACGAUGGGGUACUUGGAUACAGAGUAUUAUAUGAUGAAAGUAUUAACUACCAAGAGCGAUGUGUACAGUUUUGGAGUAGUACUCCUCGAGCUGUUAUUGGGAAAGAAAGCCAUUCAUAACAGUGACGACGGGGAGGCAAGGAAUGUGGUCAGUUAUGCUGUUCCGAACAUACAGCAAGAUAAUAUUGCUUGGAUUUUAGACCGUCGAGUUCCUCCUUCGACACCAUUCAAGAUUGAUGCAAUCACCUACAUAGGUUACAUAGCAGUAGAUUAUGUGAAGCAACAUUGCAGAGAUAGGCCGACAAUGACUGAAAUCUUAAAUAAGUUGGAAAGAGCCUUAACAGUUGAUGAGCUUGCAACUCAGGAUAUUGAAAGGGAGGAGCCCGAUGAUGAAGUUGCAGAGAUUAAGGAAUCAAUGAUGUAUGGUCGUCGUUGGAGUGUGAGUGAUGCUAGUAUAAGCAAAUACCAAGCCUUUGCUCAAACACUGCAACAAUAA